CCCCCAGGACCCCCGGAACAAGCACAAGUUCCGCCUGCACAGCUACAGCAGCCCCACCUUCUGCGACCACUGUGGCUCCCUGCUCUACGGGCUGGUGCACCAGGGCAUGAAGUGCUCCUGCUGCGAGAUGAACGUGCACCGGCGCUGCGUGCGCAGCGUGCCCUCCCUGUGCGGCGUGGACCACACCGAGCGCCGCGGGCGGCUGCAGCUGGAGAUCCGCGCGCCCACCUCCGACGAGAUUCACGUCACCGUCGGUGAGGCCCGGAACCUCAUCCCCAUGGACCCCAACGGGCUGUCCGACCCUUACGUGAAGCUGAAGCUCAUCCCGGACCCCCGGAACCUGACCAAGCAGAAGACCCGCACGGUGAAGGCCACGCUGAACCCCGUGUGGAACGAGGCCUUUGCGUUCCGCCUGAAGCCCGGGGACGUGGAGCGCCGGCUCAGCGUGGAGGUGUGGGACUGGGACCGGACCUCGCGCAACGACUUCAUGGGGGCCAUGUCCUUCGGGGUGUCGGAGCUGCUCAAGGCGCCGGUGGACGGCUGGUACAAGCUACUGAACCAGGAGGAGGGCGAGUAUUACAACGUGCCGGUGGCUGACGCUGACAACUGCAGCCUCCUGCAGAAGUUUGAGGCCUGCAACUACCCCCUGGAGCUGUAUGAGCGGGUGCGCCUGGGCCCCUCCUCGUCCCCCACGCCGUCCCCUUCGCCCAGCCCCACGGAUGCCAAGCGCUGCUUCUUCGGGGCGGGCCCCGGGCGGCUGCACAUCUCGGACUUCAGCUUCCUCAUGGUCCUGGGCAAAGGCAGCUUUGGCAAGGUGAUGCUGGCCGAGCGCCGCGGCUCCGACGAGCUGUACGCCAUCAAGAUCCUGAAGAAGGACGUGAUCGUGCAGGACGACGACGUGGACUGCACCCUGGUGGAGAAGCGCGUGCUGGCCCUGGGCGGCCGCGGGCCCGGGGGGCGCCCCCACUUCCUCACCCAGCUGCACUCCACCUUCCAGACCCCGGACCGCCUCUACUUUGUGAUGGAGUACGUCACCGGGGGCGAUUUGAUGUACCACAUCCAGCAGCUGGGCAAGUUCAAGGAGCCCCACGCAGCGUUCUACGCGGCAGAGAUCGCCAUCGGCCUGUUCUUCCUGCACAACCAGGGCAUCAUCUACCGGGACCUGAAGCUGGACAACGUGAUGCUGGACGCCGAGGGCCACAUCAAGAUCACCGACUUUGGCAUGUGCAAGGAGAACGUCUUCCCGGGCUCCACCACCCGCACCUUCUGCGGGACUCCAGACUACAUCGCGCCCGAGAUCAUCGCCUACCAGCCGUACGGGAAGUCCGUGGACUGGUGGUCCUUUGGGGUCCUGCUCUAUGAGAUGCUGGCCGGACAGCCCCCCUUUGAUGGGGAGGACGAGGAGGAGCUGUUUCAGGCCAUCAUGGAACAGACUGUCACCUACCCCAAGUCUCUGUCCCGGGAAGCCGUGGCCAUCUGCAAGGGGUUCCUCACCAAGCACCCGGCCAAGCGUCUGGGCUCGGGCCCCGAGGGGGAGCCCACCAUCCGGGACCACGGCUUCUUCCGCUGGAUCGACUGGGAGCGGCUGGAGCGGCUGGAGAUUGCUCCCCCCUUCAGGCCGCGGCCGUGCGGCCGCAGCGGCGAGAACUUCGACAAGUUUUUCACCCGGGCGGCGCCCGCGCUCACGCCCCCGGACCGCCUGGUUCUGGCCAGCAUCGACCAGACGGAAUUCCAAGGCUUCACCUACGUGAACCCCGACUUCCUGCACCCCGACACCCGCAGCCCCCUGAGCCCCGUGCCCGUCAUGUGAUCCACCCGCACCCCACCCACACCCGGACUGGAAACCCCUGUCCGCGGUAGAGCCCCCCACCUCUGCCCUGUGGGUGCCAGGUGCUCCCUCCCUCGCCCCCAGCCCCCCCCCCCCAUGCUCUGAUCCUCAGCCUGGACCCUGGGGGGGGCUCCCCCAGCCUCCCGGAUCUGCCCCCCAGAGCCCCCGCCCCACCCGCUCCUGUAGAGCCA